AUGGCGGUGAAGCGAGCCAGGGCUUCGGGCGAUGGCCAAACCCAGCUCAGUCUCUCUGCAGGGCUACAGGUGGUGGUGCAUGAAGCACAGCCACGAGCAUCCGGCCCUCCCUGGGGGCUCAGCACGGCACGACCCCGCCUGUCUAUUUCGGUCCAUCUUUUUAUCGCUUCCUCUCCCCACCCCAAACUGCCUCAUUCUCACAGCACGCCAGCCGUGAGCAGCAGCGCCUGCACCAAAGUGCUGUACUUCACCGAUCGCUCCCUCACCCCCUUCAUGGUCAGCAUUCCAAAGAGGUUAGGGGAAGUGACGCUAAGGGACUUCAAAUCGGCGAUCGACCGGGAUGGGACACACCGGUACCACUUCAAAGCUCUGGAUCCAGAGUUUGGGACGGUCAAAGAGGAGGUUUUCCAUGAUGAUGAUAUCAUUCCUGGCUGGGAAGGGAAGAUUGUGGCUUGGGUGGAAGAGGACCAUGGAGAGAACUAAAACCUUCGCUGUCGGCUGCUGGAUGUGCCAGAUACUCACCAAAAAAAAAAACCUCCCAAACCCUCACACAAAUGUUGAUACGUGUGAUUUAAACUGCCAAAAGAAAAGGAACCACGAUGAACUUGGGGCUUUGAGGAAGGAGGUCCCGCACGUUACAACCAAAUACGGCCCCUUUUUCGGCCGUUCCAUCACACUGCCUCUCUACUCGGUCAGGGACGGGCCCAAAAGACGUGACUUCCUGCUGCUUCUCGAUCAUCUGGAGAAGUUCAGUCAACGAUGGGACAGUAUCACGAGAAGAUUUGCAGCGCAUUUGUGAUGGGCAAAGCUAGGAAUUCUUUCCCAGCGCCGUUGUAGCUCUUGCCAGCCAAUUUUCCCACAUCAGGCACCAGCAAGAUCUCCUCUGGAGACCCAGUGGUUUGUGGUCCAGAUCAAAGAAGGUCCAGUCCACAACAUUGAGUUGGAAGGUGCACGGAUUGUUACAUCUGCUUUUAUUGUUUUGCAUUCUGGUCUUGAAGCUUUUCCUUACUUUAUUUUGUGUAAAAUAUUGUUACCCGUUGCUUCGCCGCCCAGGUUGCCCCUUCUGGCUUUGCCUGGGAAGAAGAUCCUGACCUUCCCAUCUCUGCUUUUCCAGGAUUGCGUUGGCACCACACGAUCUCCUCUGUCCUACUUUCCCUCCGGAUGCUCUUUAAUUAAUUCAUCCCCAGCAGCAUCAGUGGGGGAAAGCUGACCUCUGGUUUCCCCGUAGCUUGAUCUGAAUUUGGCAUUGAUUUUUCUACUUAAUGGCUAAUUUCAGCCUGCCUUAAUCAGCUGAGUUGGGUAGAGAAAAGGAGGGGUGUGUGAGAAACUUUCACAAAAACAUUGCAGUUAAGAUCCCUGGAAGAUCUGUGAGAGAAAGCAAAGCUCCAGGCCCCUUUUUUCAUGGUUUGAUGGUAUUAUGUGCAACUCCAGCAACUGUCUUGUUCCUAUUGUCCUGCUGGCUCCUCUGCUGACAGCAAGUAAGUCACCUGCCCUGUUUGGCCUCAACCAGAAAUUAAUUUUGGCCCUCCAUGCUCGCCCCAAUAUCGGAGCCAAAACGAGUGGCUCAGCCCAGUGCAGACUGCAAUGGUCGGCCUUUGGAAAUCAGCCCUCUGGUGAUCUUAGCUGCUCUGGAAGUUGUACGAAUAUUGCACCAGUCAGAUUUCAAACAUAAACAGCAUAAACUUUACAGACAAGUGAGUUUGUACAGAGGUCGGAGAUAAAUGCACUAAGGGGUGAAUUACUCAUUCGUAGCUUUAGAGGGAAAACAACCCUGGACAGGUUUUGAGCAUUUAAGGGGGGCUAUUUCGAUACACAAAGCGUUUUGUCGUUAUUCUACACAAGCCUCAGUUCCUUAGGAAUCAGGCAGGAGACCAGGGGUCGGAUUCAACCGGUGUUACUACCGGUUCGGUCAGAGUGCGUUUUGCACGCUGCGCGCCCGUGUAAAACAAUUGCAAAAAA